AUGAACUGUACGAGAGAAUCCCAGAGCCAGAGUGUGCCUUCUUCUUCAAUCAAUUUCAUCCCACAUGAUCAACAUGACGAGGAAGUAGAGGUCAUUCCUCCGCCGUAUACGGCGGACGACACCCAACUGGAAGCGGCUGCGGAGAGGCAGAUAAUAGACGUUGCAGAAGCCUCGGAAUCGGAUGAUGACGUCUAUCCCAAAAGGACCAAAGAAGAUCGGAGAGCAUCUCUUCUACAUGCAGCUGCACUAAGUGGUGAGUGGGGAUAUGUGAAGCGAGUGAUCGACAAGUUCCCCAAUUGCGUUCGCUAUGAGAUAACAAGAAAUAAAGACACUAUUCUUCACAUCGCUGCCAAAGCCAAGCAAACUGCCUUGGUGGAGAAGCUACUCCCUAGAAUGACCUCCACUGACUUGACUUUGCAAAACAAAUAUGGAUACACUGCCCUUUGCUUUGCUGCUGCAUCUGGAGUUGUAAAAAUUGCCAAGCUUAUGGUGGACAACAACAAACACCUUCCCCUUAUUCGUACUUUUGACCAAAUAACUCCACUUUUCAUAGCAAUAUCCUAUAAGCGUAGAAAAAUGGCUUCCUAUCUCUUGUCUGCCACUGAUUUCAACAACCUAACCUCUGAGGAACGGAUCCACCUCCUUAUUGCCACCAUACACAGCGACUUAUACGAUAUAAGUUUAGAAAUUCUAGACGUGGAUCGAGAUUUAGCGGUUAUGAAAUGCACCAAGAAUGGCUACGAGACUGCAUUGCAUGUGAUGGCUAGAAAACCAUCAGCAAUUGGUAGCACAAUGCAUUUAAACAGUUGGAAAAUCUGCAUCAACUCUUUUAUUUUCAAAUGGAUCUGCAAUAAAGAUGUGAUGAAGACAUCAGCUCGUGAAUUAGUUGAAUUUUUGUUUGCACAAGUUUUAUUUGUGACAACACAUGAGGAGAUGUUGGAGCUGAUUAGACAUCCCACAAGAUUACUACACGAGGCUGCAAAGGCAGGAAAUAUUGAGUUUCUGAUUGUUCUUAUUCGGUCGUAUCCAGAUAUUGUAUGGGAAGAAGAUGAUGAUGGUAAGAGUAUAUUUCAUGUAGCUAUUGAAAAUCGACUUGAAAAUGUGUUUAACCUAAUAGAUGAGAUCGGUGGGCUCAACGAAUUCACAAUAAAAGAGAGAUUAACUAAUGACAAAAAGUACAACAUGCUGCAUUUGGCUGCAAAACUAGCGGCUCCAAAUCAUCUCAACAGGGUUUCAGGAGCAGCUCUUCAAAUGCAAGGCGAAUUACUUUGGUUCAAGGAAAUGGAGAAAAUAGUUCUACCUUCCCAACUAGAGGCCAGAUGUGACGAGGGAUUCACACCACGGCAAAUAUUCACGAAUCAGCAUGAAGGCCUCCGCAAAGAUGGGGAGCAAUGGAUGAAAAACACAGCAAAUUCCUGCAUGCUGGUUGCAACUCUGAUCACUACUGUGGUUUUUGCAGCAGCCUUCACAGUCCCGGGCGGCAAUUUUGAAAAUACAGGCAUUCCUAUUUUUCAACAAAAGUUUUGGUUCACCAUGUUCACCAUAUCAGAUGCGGCUGCUUUGAUCUCAUCCUCAACUUCUGUUUUGAUUUUCUUGUCCAUUCUAACUUCGCGUUACGCAGAAGACGAUUUCUUGCACUCAUUGCCCUCUAGAUUGCUUUUCGGCCUCACGUCGUUGUUCAUCUCCAUUGUGUGCAUGGUCGUGGCCUUCAGUGCAACCUUCUUUAUUCUCUACCAUGAGGCUAAUAUUCGGCUUCCUGCAGUGGUUACUGCAAUGACUAUGGUUCCUGUAGGAUUCGGUUUUCAUAAAAACCACUUCAAAUGA